AUGCAUUUAAAAAUUAUGUGUUUAAGUGAUGAAGUCCGGGAAAUGUACAAGAACCAUAAAACUCAUCAUGAAGGAGAUAGUGGAUUAGAUGUUUUCAUUAUCAAGGAUGAAGUAUUGAAACCUAAAACAACUACAUUUGUUAAGCUUGGUAUAAAAGCAACAGCAUUACAAUAUAAAUGUAAUUAUUAUUAUAAAUCGGAUAAAAAAGAUUCUAAUAAUAAAGAAAACGAAAUUGUAAAUACAAGUUUUUUAUUAUUUCCGCGAAGUAGUAUAUCAAAAACACCUUUACGACUAGCCAAUUCUAUAGGACUAAUAGAUGCUGGAUAUAGAGGUGAAAUUAUAUUAGCUCUUGAUAAUACAAGUGAUCAGGAAUAUACAAUUAAAAAAAAUGAUAAGUUAGCUCAAAUUGUAUCAUUUUCUGGGGAACCAUUAUCUUUUGAGUUAGUUACAGAAUUAGAUGAAACCUCAAGGGGUGAAGGUGGAUUUGGUUCUACAUCAAACAAAUAA